UAGAGAAUGUAUGGGCAUUUUGCUCUAUUCCAAGAAUUAUGCCUAAAUUGAUUUAAAUUGGUUUGCUGUGGAAAUGGAAUAAAAACAUUAAUUCUGGUGGAUUACGGUUACAACUACUGAACAAACAACCCCCUAUACUUGGUUGCUGAUGGCUUUAAUAAACAGAGCCAAACAGAGAGGAUGCAAGAAGUUGCUGCUAUCCGGAGCUUGGCUGUGUGCACUCGUUCUCUUCAUCUCUCUGAUCGUCCAUAAAAAGUCAAAAGUUCAUUACAGAUCACUGAUGUUCAGAAAUGAUGAAACUCCCGAGGAUGAGUGCGACUGCAAUAAAAUUUUACAGGGCGACCCUGAUGAGAUUAAGCAUGCUAAGAUUCUGACCAUCACAAAAAACUUUAAGAAGAUAACACAGAUUACAGAUGAACAAUAUGUCAAGCAGACAGAAGACUGUGAAACAUUCCUUAGGACUCGUAAGUAUAUACCGUUCCCAAUGAGUGUGGAGGAAGAGGCGUUCCCAGUGGCAUAUUCCAUUGUCGUUCACCACAAGGUGCAGAAUUUUGAGAGGCUUCUCAGGUCCAUAUACAGUCCUCAGAAUCUCUACUGCAUCCAUGUGGACAAAAAAGCCUCUCAGUCCACUACAAAGGCAAUCAAUGCCAUUGUAUCUUGCAUAGAGAAUGUUUUCUUGGCAAGCCAGAUUGAAGACGUGGUCUACGCUAGCUGGAGUCGUGUUCAAGCUGAUAUCAAUUGCAUGAAGGAUCUUUACCAGGUCAGCAGCCGUUGGAAGUACUUUAUCAACCUGUGUGGCCAGGACUUCCCCAUCAAAACCAACCUGGAGAUAGUGCAUGCCCUUAAAGCUCUAGGUGGUGCUAACAGCUUGGAGACUGAGAUCACACCCCCUCAUAAGAUGUACAGAUGGAAAAAAAGACACCAAUUGAUAAAUGGCAUAAUCCAGACAACCAGCCAAGACAAAAAUCUGCCACCAUUUGGUAUAAAGAUAUUCACAGGUGGUGCAUACAUAGUAGUGAGUCGUGAUUUUGUGCGCUAUGUCCUUGAGGACCCUAAAGCACAGGUGUUGAUGUCAUGGUUAAAUGAUACCUAUAGCCCUGAUGAAAUUAUUUGGGCUACACUGCAACGCAUCCCUGGUGUCCCAGGGUUCCUUCAUGCACACCCUAAAUAUGACAUCACAGACAUUUACAGCAUCUCCCGGAUAAUCAAAUGGGCUGCACAUGAGGGGGAAGUAGAUGCAUUGUACCCUGCCUGUCAGGGUAUUCACAUUCGGGCUGUUUGUGUAUAUGGGGUUGGGGACCUGCAGUGGAUACUAAAACAGCGCCACUUGUUUGCUAAUAAGUUUGACACAGAUUUUGACCCAAUUGCCAUUCGAUGCUUAGAGAAGUACCUCAGACACAAAGCACUAAAAAGUAUCAUUAAUUGAACAACUGUACAUCGCUUCCAAUUCAAUUCAAUUCAAAUUUAUUUGUAUAGCGCUUUUAACAGUGGACAUUGUCUCAAAGCAGCUUUAUAGAAGAUAAGAAAUAUUGCAAAAAGUACAAAAUGGUUAACAUUAUAGAAAGAUUUAUACAAAGAUUCAAGAUUAAUAUUAUACGUAUAUCUAAAUGUGUUUGUAUUUAUCCCCAAUGAGCAAGCCUGAGGUAACUGUGUCAGAAUUUCUUCAUGUUAUCUCUAGUUUUUUAUUGUCUCUGUCACAUCUGGCUUGCUUAUUAUAGCGCUACAUCAACAUCUGGAUUCCUGAAAAACUGCUUUUGUGACAGUCUACUGUUAAAAAUCUGAUCAUAUACGAAUUGAAAUUGAACUGAAUAAUAAAUUCUUAAAUGUGUGAAGAUUCAGGUGUGUGGCAAAAUCCAUUAUGUAUGCACGACCUAGCUCGCUGUCAUUAUAGUCUUUAAUAAUAAAGGUGGAUUAAUAGGGAGUUUAAUUUACAUAGCGGAUAGUGGGUAUGUUUUUCUUACACUCAAUGUAAACAUGAGUUUAAGAAAGACCAAUGAUCUUUCCUUCACACUUGCACCACCGGAUAUUGAUCUACAAUACACACUCAUGUAUACUCAUGUGGGAUGAUAGACUCUUACCAUCUGUCCCGCUCAGUGAUUUCUCUGCUCAACAGCAAGAUAAAUGUAACACAGUGGAACAUUUCCAUUU